UCAAGACUUUGUUGAAUUUAAUUCGGUACUAGAGACCGUUGAAUGCAGGUUUCACUCUUAACUUGAGACACUUGCGUAGCAGGGCUUUUGAUUGACUUCGCUCGCAUUCGUUGAUCUCGCUCCAUUGACGUAGCUCCAAGGCCGGUGCAGACGUGAGCCGGGGCAUGCCUCCCAAGGGAAAAGGCGGCGACUCCAAGGGAGGAUCCAAGAAAGGCAAAGGCGCAGGAGAAGCAGCGGAAGCUUCGGACUCGAAAGGCGGCAAGCAGGCUAAAGGUGGAACCGCCGUUAAGGUUCGGCACAUCCUGUGUGAGAAGCAGUCUAAGGCCCUGGAGGCACUCGAGAAGAUCAAGGGAGGCAUGAAAUUCAAUGAGGUGGCCGCCACCUACAGUGAGGACAAAGCUCGCCAGGGGGGCGACUUGGGCUGGAUGACACGUGGAUCGAUGGUUGGCCCCUUCCAGGAUGCGGCCUUUGCGCUGCCUGUAAGUAGCCUGGGCAAUCCUGUCUACACAGACCCGCCCAUAAAGACCAAGUUUGGCUACCACAUCAUUAUGGUCGAGGGAAAGAAGUAGACUCAUACACACAGUAUGUGCUGAUCUCACUGCGCUGUCCAUGUUGGCCCUUCAUAUAUAAUAAAUAAACAGGUGUCACUUUGCAGA